GCGCACGCACGCACACACGUCAUGGGACAGUGAGUCAGUCAGUUUCUCUUCCGUCAUCAGGACGACAGUCGCAGAGACCCCGAUUCAUAAAAUGCAGACCCAGAACACAGAGCGGAUCAUCCCCAAGGUCCGGUAUCAUCCGAGCAUCCAGACGCCUGCAAACGGGGGACAAACCAAAACCAGGAGCAGUCGGGCUCAGAGGACUAGGCCAGCUCGUGAGUACCCCCCUGAGGCCAGCGUGAAGGCAGUCCAGGAGAACCCUCGGGUCGAUCCAGAACCUACUGCUCGGAAACCCUCAAAGAAACCAGUCCAGGGAGCAGCCACAGACCCAGCUCAGGUCUCUGACGGAGCCCCUCCCUCACCUGAGCAGGUGCCUGUGGGCGUGGCGGUGAGGCUGGAUCGGUGCGUUGUGGAGCAGGUGGAGGUUCUGACCCGCGGACAGAGAACCAACCAGGACUGGUUCUCCUGGAGGAAGAACCGGAUCACGGCCUCCAUGGCUCACCGCAUUGGUCACUGCCGCUUCGUCAACGGCGAGAGCAGAACUCCGCCCACCUCCUACCUGGCUGCGAUCACAGGUGAGGGGCGGAGCAUCCAGACCAGAGCCAUGACCUGGGGGGUCCAGAUGGAGGCUGAGGUGGUCCACAGGUACCAGAGGCUGAAGACCGCUGCGUUGGGACGCUCGGUCUCCGUCCUGGACUGCGGGUUGUUCAUUGACGACCAGCGAGCGUGGUUGGCUGCGAGUCCUGACGGCAUCGUGACGGACAGCCGGACCGGUGAAUGGCUGCUCUGCCUGGAGGUGAAAUGUCCCUACAAACACAGACAUAGACGGGUGGAGGACGCCUGUAGGGACGACCACGCCUUCUGUCUCGAAAUACAAGACGAGGAGGGACGGCAGCCUGGAAGGUCCCCGCUCUACCGUCUGAAAACGUCUCACAGUUACUUCACACAGAUCCAGUGUCAGCUGGCAGUGACAGGCCUCCAGCGGGCCGACCUCGUCGUCUUCACCCUGAAGGAGACGGCCAUUGUCCCAGUGAUGUUUGACCCCGACCUGUGGGAGGAGACCGUGUCCAGACUGGAGGUGUUUUACCGGGACGCCGUCCUGCCUCACCUCAGAGAGAAGACGCAGCAACAACCAGCAGCAGCCUGGUCACCAGAGCUGUAGAGAGUCACGGGUUCGAUCCCCGUCCUGGUCUGUGGUGACCGAAGGACUGCAGAGACACGACCUCUGUUUGACUUUGUUACAAAAACAAAUGAUUUAGGAUUAUUCAGACGUGUUAACGACUCAGCAGAUCCUCUGU